UUUAAUUUCUCGUCAAUUGGUGUCCAUAUCUUAAUACUUAUAAUGUAUGCACAAUAUAAACCAAUGUUUACAACGAUUACAUUAAAAAUAGACUAUAUACGUUGCAAAUCUUGUUCAAAUAGAUUUCGUAUUCCCUCUGAUUUUGGCACCUCUCCCACUUUUGCACUUGGAAAUUGGCCGACAAUCCCAAAUCCCAUAGUUGCAGUUUACUGUUUAUAUAUCAUUUGAGUACUGUUACUACGUAUCUCAUCCAAAAAUAGAACAACCUAUCUCUCAGAGUCGAAAACAUUACGCGUUUUUUUAUUUUGUAUUUUUUUAGCGUGUGAUAAGAAUAUAAAUUCGGUAUGAAUUCAAAACAAACAUUAUAACUUGAUUGAAUGGUAAUGGUAAAGUCAUUUGAAAUCCUAAAAAGGAUGCUGUUAGUAACUUAUGGUCAAAUUUACCACAGUAAUGGCUAGAGAAUGCAUGGCCUUAUUUGCCGGAAACCACACGGUACGGUGGGUACAAGCAAUAAACUUUUAUAAAUCAGGGACGGCCGCAGCGUUACGGUAAACUUAUGUUCUCAUUAAGGGCAUUAACUUGAUCUAAUCACUAUUAACCUAAAAACCAGCGUCGGAUGUUUAGAAACACGCGAGCAGCCGGUAGUGGCCCAUGUUAGUACCAUAUCCUUUAUUAUUAUUAUUACAAAUCGUUCAGUUAUCGUGACUGGCUCGCAUCCUUAAGGUUAGGAUAAUGAGCGAGCGUUUUCCUCAGUUUCUAAUGCCCUCGUAUUUUCCACGUAGUCGGCUCCACGGCUGCCUUAAAGGAUGUUGUAGGUCGGUGCGAACGUAAAUACAAACAAUCGGUUGAACAUAAAUAUAUUUUAUGACGUUCCGACGAGGCGACUUAACGAAUUAAGCAAACUUUAGUGUUGACCCAUAGUGCGGCCCAGUUGUGGAAGUAUUUGUGAGAAUACUAAGAGUUCGGGUGUAUGGUUAUAUUGUCCACGAAGCGUUUGGUCCUACAAUCGAUAGUAAUAUGAAGUCAGUUCUGCCGUUUGAGCGGACGUGAAAACGAGUGGCGUGCGUGUCAGCGCCGCGGACGCUACUCAAACAUACGAAGGCACACUCAAGAUGUUGUAAGCAAGCGUCGAUUUGUUUUUAACUGAGAGAAAACAGUUAAUCAGGCACAAUGAUGCAGUGGUCCUGGAGGCAAGCUUUCUACUGCAUGACGGGGAUCCUGGGGAAUGUGGAGAACCAGUCGAGCGAGCCCUUUACGAGGUCAUGCUUCGGGAGGAUCUCCCCGCUGUACUGGAGGGUGCCCAUCCUCGUGUGGGCACUCUUCGUCAUGUUCUGGUCCAUCGCGUACUUCUGGGGCCCGACAGACAUGUUCUUCCUAUACAUGACACACUGGGGCCUAGCCUUCAUAGUGCUGGAGUCCAUCUUCGGGAUAUUUGUCGCCAUCGGACGUAGAGGACUCACAGACGCAACAUUCGGUCUUCCCUGGUACGUGAAGACCUACUGGAUCCUGUACAAUAUCACCAUUCCUGUGGCUUUCCUGAUCACAGUCUUCUACUGGGGCAUCCUCAGAACUUCGGUGAAUACAGUGAACUUCGCCCCGAACCCUGUGCUGGACGUGAUGCUGCACGGUGUCAACUCGGGCGUGAUGCUGGUGGAGCUACUGUGCUCAGCGCACCCCAGCCGGCUGCUGCACAUCAUGCAGCCGCUGUAUUUCGCCGGGGCCUACAUGCUCUUCAGCGUCAUCUACUACUUCGCUGGCGGACUGGACCCAUGGGGUAACCCGUUCAUCUACCCCGUGGUGGAUUGGUCGAAGCCUGAGCAGACGAUGGUGGUGAUCACGCUGACGGCGCUGUUCCUGGCUCUGAUGCACUUGCUAGUGGUCGGCAUCGCCGCCGCCCGCGAUGCCAUCGCGAAAAGAAGGGAGGAUGUUCCCACUGGAGUCUACAACGACGCAUUCGCUCCUUAACAAAUCAGGCCAACUUUAAGAGAUAUGAGCGCAAAUAUCUUUUUUGCGUGAUAUGACUUGGCGUUGUUCAAGACCUUACGUGAAUAGGUAGUGGAAUAAGGGAGCUCAUUCAAUAAGCUCGGGGAAAGAAAAAUAAAUGGCUUAAGAAUGCUGUAACCCCCAUUUUUGUAGCUAUCUGCUGAUGCCAACUCUUUCAAAAGAAAGUAAACUCAGCUCGAAGCUUCGAUUUGGAUUUAACAAAUAAUUCUAAAAGGAGUCAUCGUUGGUCAGGCUGGAUAUGACAAUCUGAAUAAAUUGGAACUCUGAUUCCAAUCUGACUGAAAUCGAUCGAUGACGAAUAAUGACAACGGCUUCACAUUAAAUUGAAAUAAAACCAUGACGUGGCUUAUUUUCGGAGCGAAAUUUUUUCGGGAAAUAUUCUGAACCUCCGGAUACGCCCAAAGUGACAAAAGUGAGGCUCCUAAAUAACCAAAACGACUCGGAAUUCCAGUAGAACUGUGGACCUUUGGCCUUACAUGUGGAACUGAAGAUCUUUCUUCUCUAAACUUGAAGAAAUUAAUACACCUCGUAUUAAUUUU